GUGAUUGAUCAAUAUUCAAAAUCAUCUACGAAAAACAAGAUUUUUGCUCACGAUCCAGAGUUGUUUCGCAAAACCGUACCGAAUGGUUGUACUGCUCACGAAGCUCUAGCACCUAUUAUUCUUCUAGGGCAGAUAUUUUCAAUUAUGCCGAUUACAGGAUAUUUCCACAAUAGUCAUCUAAAGCUGAAAUUUAAAUUGAGCAGUGUUCAAUUUAUUUAUUCCUUCGUUACCGUUAUUUCCAUUUCAUCGAUAAUAGCCAUGUUUUCAGUGUAUCUUAUUCAACGAAAAAAUGUUGGUCUCAACACAGCCGGUGAGUGAGAAUCAAACCAUAAGAGUGCUGUUAAUAAUUUAAUUCAUUUUAGGAAACAUAGUCUACUAUAUUGCAAUCCUGGCUGCAAUGGUAGAGUUCAUGCUACUCGCCUACAACUGGCGCUCGAUUAUGACACUAUGGACGGAAGCAGAAACACCAUUCCUCUAUCACCCCUACACAGCUAGGAAGGGUAUAGCAUUGGAAUCGCUGGUCAGACGCGUGGCAUUCACCGUAAUACUAUUUGCAUUCCUCGAAGAUACCCUGAACUUCAUUUCGGCAUACAAGUUGAACGAGCUACACAUCGAACACUGUCCGCACGCGAGCAGCUUCUGGUACAACUUUUUCCGCCGUGAACACCACCAUAUUAUGCGCUUCGUUCCCUAUCAUCCGGUACUGGGGGUGGCUAUCGAAACCACCAUGAGGGUGGCAAAGUUUACCUGGAACUAUACUGACGUGUUCAUCACGAGCGUCUGCCUGACGUUGCUGCGACGAUUUCAGCAGUUUAAUGAUCGAAUCGAACGAUUCGCAGGAAUCGAGCAGCCGCAGGUGGUGUGGCGGGAGGUUCGGUUGGAUUUUCUGCGGCUGAAUGAUUUGGUGGAUUUUCUGGAUGGUAAACUAUCACGUAUCAUUCUGAUGUCUUGUGCCAACAAUAUGUUCUUCAUUUCGGUACAGUUGUACAAUAUUUUUGAUCUGAAGCCUAUCCAAUCCACGACAAUCUACUACUGGUAUUCACUGCUCUUUGUCAUGAGUCGAUGCUUCAUCAUGUUGUACGUCACAUCUUCAGUCUACGAAGAAUCACUCCGACCACUGAAGCUGUUGCGAAUCUUUCCCACGCUCAGCUGGAAUUUAGAUCUGCAGCGCUUAGUUGAUCAUGUCUCGAUGAAAAGAAUUGCAUUCUCUGGCAAACGAUUCUUUUUCAUCACACGACCUCUAAUACUAGCGGUAGACUAUUUUUGUACUACGAAGCAUUGUUCAAUCGAAAAUAAAUCAAUCUCUUUUACAGAUGGCAGGAACAAUUAUUACCUACGAGUUAGUUCUGUUGGAUCAAGUGGCCAAAGACAAAGAUACUACACUGGAUUGCAACUUUUAAACCGAAACAAGAUUUAUUGAAUUCAUCAUUUUACAUAGAAGUGACUGCGAAAAAUUUGUCGAAUAAAAUCUUAAUUCUCAAUCAA